AUGUCGGGAGGUUCCUCUGCCCAGCGCGCCAUGGAGGUUCCGCUGCCCAGCUCCCUAGCUGACAUCUUGCCUGUUCCCGAGUCCGCUCCGUUUCCUGUCCCAGUGCCUGUUUGGAGAUCUUAUCGUUCUUUGGUGCUCUGCAACCCACGAGCCAGAGUCUUCAACAACUAUGGAGGAGGAAUAGCUAAGGUUCCUGAAGGUUUUUCUGAAUUACCUCAGAACAUCCAAGACUUCCUGUUCUACCGUCACUGCCGCCAUUUCCCAAUGCUCCUGGAUGUUCCUGAUAAGUGUGGUGGGCCCCAGGGAUCUGCAGAUGUCUUUCUCCUUCUGGUCGUUAAAAGCACUCCUACUAACUUUGAGCGUCGUGAAGUGCUACGGAAAACUUGGGCGAAGGAAAGACGGCAUAAUGGUGUUUGGGUUCGCCGAGUUUUCAUAUCUGGCACUGUUGGCACUCACCACGAGAAACGCAGGAUGAAUAGGCUCUUGAGGCUGGAGAAUGAAGAGCACAGAGACAUUCUCCAGUGGGACUUCCAGGACACCUUCUACAACCUCACUCUUAAACAGAUCCUGUUCUUGGAGUGGAUGGAGAAGCGCUGCCCAAAUGUUCGCUUCCUCAUGAACGGUGACGAUGAUGUUUUUGCCAACACAGACAAUAUGGUAGAAUAUUUGCAGAGCUUGCCUGGAAAUGAUGGUAGCAAACACCUAUAUGUUGGACAUCUCAUUCAAUGGGUAGGACCAAUCAGAAAUCCAGGGAGUAAGUAUUACAUCCCGGUUCAGGUCCAUGAAUCAGAUUUUUAUCCCCCCUACUGUGGUGGUGGGGGCUUCCUCCUCUCUGGCUUCACUGCCAGAACAAUCUACAAUAUGUCCCAGUCCAUUAUCAUAUUACCCAUUGAUGAUCUGAUCGUUACAAUGUGUCUGGAGAGGGGUGGUCUGCAACCAGAGUCCCAUUUUGGAGUCAGAACAGCUGGGCUGCCCAUUCCAUCCAAAAACACGGAUGCAUAUGAUCCUUGCUUCUACAAGGAAAUUCUUUUGGUGCACAGAUUUCUCCCUCACCAGAUUUUUAUCAUGUGGCAUGAAAUACGCGAGCCAAACCUAAAAUGCGGAUCUACACAGACGUCAUUUUAA